UAGAGGCUUGAGGUCGAAUUGAAGGGGUUUUCGAAUUCCCUUCAUUUUAAGAAGUAAACAUGCCGCAGGAUUAUGAUAAAGAUGCGUAUCCUGAACCCCCUCGUCGCACACCAGUUGUGGAUAAACAGACGGUUCUCCCCAAUCCUGCUCUGAUUUUAUCAAAAUUGUUCUACUACUCCGUAGAUCUUCCUGUCACCACAUUUAGAGAUGUCAUUGACAGUAUUCGGAGCAAGAACAAGUACUAUUACUACCAUCAGCAGUUCCGUCGUGUACCUGAUCUGACUGAGUGCCAAGAGGGCGAUUACCUGUGCUACUAUGAGGCAGAGAUGCAGUGGAGAAGAGACUAUAAAGUGGACCAGGAGAUUGUGAAGGUAAUUCAGGAGCGUCUUCGCGCCUGCCAGCAGCGCGAGGGUAACAGCUACAGGCAAAACUGUGCCAAGGAGAUGCAGCAGUUCAACCAGGUCACCAAGGCCUUCCAGUCGCGCUAUGGAGAUCUUGGUGCAUAUGCCAGUGGACGUAAAUGCUUGAUGAAGCAGAAGCAGAGGAUGUUGGAGGAAGCACAAAAGGCAUAAUGUGAAUGGAUUAAGUCUGUCUUUGGUCUCUCCUAUCUAUGUAUGGAAAUUGUAAAAUAAAUGAGUUUAU